AUUUCUAUUACUAUAUUUUCUGAAAAGAAAAAAAUGCAUUCAAUAUACGACACUGCACCUUUUCUCAAAUACUUAUCUUCAUAUUCUCCGAGUGGUAUGCAUCACAAUACGUGUCCUACAUACAUAGCACACGUCAUUGAAAGAGUUAAGUAGCUAUUCGUCACCGCAUGACUAAUCACUAGGCAUUCCUCGUGUCAACAGGUAGUUACAAUGACGUCUACUAAUAUGUCAGCCCGGAGUGAGGUUUGGUAUAUAUACCGCGCUUAUUUGUGGUUAGUUUGUACGGGAGAUUAUUGAAAUAGAUUGUACUGAUGCCAUCCUGAUGCCAUCUUAUUCUUGACUCGCGAACUUUCCACGACAUCGUCGGGAUGUCUUCGGACAACGGUAAUGGCGUCACCGAGCUCGAGUUGAUGAACCUUGCCGAGAAGAUCGACGUCAACACCUGGCGAAAGCUUGGACUCUGGUUAGAGAUCCGGGAAGCAGCGCUUUCCAAGUAUGAGAGGGAGAACUGGUUUUCUGGAGCUGCCAGCAUCGGGACCUACAAAAUGUUGUGCGACUGGGCGAAGAACUGCCCGGAGAUUGAGCAAAGGGAUACACUCACCGAAGCAUUGCAGAGAUGCGAGAUUGGCCAUCUCGCCAAAGAAGUCUUGAAGAAGUCACCAAGAGGCUUGUAUGGACCUGAGAUCAUUCCCAUCAGAGACAAAUUGAUUUCGUAUGCCAAGACGAAGCUGUUACGAAUACCUCUCAUUCCAUGGGCCAAAACGCGCUAUAUUCAAGUGGACUCCAUUUUUAUUUGUGUACAACUCAUCCUGCACAUAGUUGGUCCAGAUAUCCCCGUCCGAUGUCCACUGGAAUCUUACAAUGACAUUCUCACUGAGAACAUUGCCGAAGAGUCCUCCGAUUUGCCCAGCAAGCGCUUUAUAGUACGGGGCAAAGCUGGAAGCGGAAAGACCACUCUCCUUGUCAAGUUACUAUCAGACUGGUGCAAGGAAGUCGCAGGUGCACUCCUAGCCAAAUUCAAGCUUGUGUUCUUCUUGCCAAUGCGAAAGCUGACGUUCCACAGUAACUUGGGUGAGGCUAUUCUUCAGCAUUGUGUGCCUCGGGAUGCCAGUAUCAGCUCUGAAACGGUGGAGCAGAUAUGCCGCGAGAAUGCAAAGGAUGUGUGUGUCCUCCUGGAUGGAUAUGACGAGUUCCCUGGGAAAGGCCUCACGGGUGAAGGUGCUGGAAACAUUGUCUCCAUGCUCCGGAACGACGAGUUCAUUGAUAUACAUGUCAUAAUCACAACUCGUCCUGGUAGAUUAGAGGAUUUCCUAGAGUAUGGAGAUUUCAAGCAUCUAGAAGUCACUGGCUUCACACAGGAACAUGUUCAUGAGUACGUCAGUAAAACCUUCACGGGGAAGAGGCAACACAUUGGCACCAAUCUCUAUGCAUACUUGGACGGGAACAACCUCUUGGCUGAAGUGUCUUCCGUACCCUUACUACUAUGUGCCUUUUGUCAAGUAGCUAGAUGGACCGAUGGGAUUGAGUUUGGAAAGCUGUCCACAUACACGGCGUUAUUUCAAACGCUGGUACGGUGCUUCUUCGAACAUCAACUUGCUAAACCAAAGGUUGCUGUAAGUCCAGCGUCUUCCCCAGAGAGUACAAAGGAGAAACCAGACUCACUCAUGACCCAGGAGUUCCUCUUUGAUCAACUCGGCAAGGUAGCCCUCUUAGGAUUCUUUAGAGAGAAAGAUGGUGAGUUGUUGUUCAGCGAAGAAGAUGUUGACAAGUGUACCAAGUCUUCAAGUGAAGUGAUCGAGCAGGGAUGUCUUGCUGGCCUCCUGACUAAGGAUGAUGAUGUAUCAACUGAUCCUUGGGAGGAGCAAUCCUCCGUUCGUAACAUUUCAUUUGUGUUGAAGACAGUGCAAGAGAUGUUUGCCGGUAGGUACCUUUCACGCCUUGUAGAACUGGGAGAAGGUGAUCUGUUCAGACACUAUCUUCACUUGGUCGACUCUGUUCAGAGAAUUCUAGAUCUGACAAAUGUUCUCAUGUUUGCAUGCGGUCAGUCACUGGUGGUAGCAGAAGAAGUCAUCGUUCACGUUGUGAAUCAUCUGGUCGAAGAAGAUAGAGAAGCUAUACAGAGAUUCUGGAGCGGACAACUGCCGAUCAAUGAAUGCAGAAGAGUUCAAGAAAAGAUUGAACUAUGUCUAAACCUGAACUACGAAAGCCAAAGCCACGGCAAAUUCAACAAACAUUUGCAACCGAUAUUCAAUGUGAUUCGGCUAUUUUCUCCUCCUCAAAGAACAGCAAGGACCCUUGGAUAUCUGCUACAGAACUCUGACCCAAACAGAGUAGUCACUACACCCUCAAAACACAGUAGAAGAAGUGGAUGCAAUUCCUCACUCAAUAUCAAUGGUGAAUCAAGUAACUUUGUAGAAGUUGAUGGCGGAAGUAAGAAAUCUGACGUUGAUCAAAAGUCGAAGGAAGUAGUUGAAGAAGGGAGUGCUCAGGACCAUGUGGAUGGCGGCAGCACGGACACUGAUGGACAACUCCGAGUCCAUACUCUGGAAAUCAUUCAUGUCAACGAUAUGUUCGACGACCAGUUCAGACAGAUUAGAGACUUCUUGCCCAAAGUAAAGAAAGACUUCUUCCAAAAUGUCAACAAUCUUGCCUUGAUGGAGACGAACACGUGGUCGUCAAUCCGAAGCAAACUGACAAAGAAAAGUCCCGGUGAUUUCGAGGAUAUCGACCAUCUAUCCGACAAUCAAUUUGUGGCGUAUCUACCUGUCAAAGAAGAAAUGAAGAAGUGGCAGGUGAACGAGAUCUACCUUGAUGGAGUCCUUAGUGGCCUUAGCUGUUGUCCCGUUGAAACGUUGGUAAUUACAGGAAUAUCAAAGCAAAGCCAAAAGUGGCGGGAUUUCUUUGAAUCACUCAUGUCACCAGAAUGGAGGAAACUCGUCAAACUCGAUCUCAGCCGGAACAAUCUCUCAUCGUGCCUGAUGGGCUACCUCGGAAGAGCACUUUACGACAAGCCCAACCUCCAACAUCUCGAUGUUAGCGGGAACGAGAUCAAGAAGAGUUUUGUCUCCUUGAUUCCAAGGUUGCCCAGCUUGCGUCGGAUCUACCUGAACUCUGAGCAGAUGGAGCCUCAGACACUGGCAGAGUUUGGCGGACAGCUGACUGGCUUCCCGAACAUAGAGGUGAUUGACCUGAAUGACAACCCUCUGGAUGACUCGGCCGCAGCUGAAAUAGGGGACGCUCUUCAGGGAUGUACCAACCUACAACGACUCCGUCUAGACGUGAGUAAAGUCAGCGAGGGCGGUAUCAGCAGACUGGUUGCAAAGAUCAAGUUCGUUCCUUCUCUUACCCACCUUGGACUCUACAAACAUCAUAACGCAGAUGCCCUCUUGAAGAGUGUGACGUCAUCCCUGAGUAAGCUGCCAAAGAUCAUCUCGCUAUCCUUAACAUGCAGAGAGGAUGAUGAAUUACCCGAGGACUCACUCUCUGUCCGACUAUCCACUACCCAAUCUUUCACAAGGGUCAUUGCUGCUCUGCCCAAGAUUCAAGUUCUUGAACUGUUCAAGGUCCGACUGUGUGCCAAAGGCUUAAUUGGACUCCUCGAUGCACUCAAAGGGAUGGAAACCCUCCAGGAGUUCAGAUUGGCAGCAGGUUACCUACCAGACGACCAAGAAGCAGAGGAAGCAUGUAGGGACGCCCAACAGUCAUUCCUCAAGGUAUACUAGGCAUCACCUUUGUUUGCUCCGAGUCAAACUGAUCAGCAGAUAAUAAUAGUUUGGCUGACGAUAAGGGAUUGAUUGUCCUGGAACUUGUUGAAUAUCUGGACCUCGUCUUAAACAGUUGCGAUUAAUCAAUCGAAACUUGGACAUAAGAGAUAGGAGACUGCAAACUUGCAAUUGAUUGGAGGACUUGCGAUUGAUCUGGAUCAAUCGCAACUCUUACGGGGCCCUGGCCUCUUAAUGUUCUGUUCAUGAUUUACGAUGGAUCAGAAUGGAACCCAAAAUCAAGGCUAUCGGUCAUCUCCUUUUGUGCCGAAGCUCAGCGCACUGCAAUCUGACGUACGUGUUCAUGUAGGUUUGUUAGUAUGCACACAUACAAUCGUGGGUGCAUAGGAAUUUAUGUCCUUGCCCGGAGCCCCGGAGGUAAAUUAUUCUAUCAUAUUUGUUUGAUACUACAAUAUUGAUGAAUGUAAAUUCUGUAACAUUGAAACAAUGUGCUGGUUAAACCCAGCGAAAUUGCACUUCUCAGUGUAUAGGCAUAUACGCUGAACAUGACCUCAAAUAUCUUAUUGCUUCUAAAGACCUUAUCCCUACCAAUUAAACUUGGGAUAUUUACAUCGUAAAUGAAUUGGCUACUGAAAUACUGUUUAUGGUACCAUACAAUGAUCCCAUUAUAUUAUGACGUAGAUUUGUUUGUUUGUGCAUGGGAAAUGUGUGUUUUUGUGUAUUUAAUGUACUUAAAAAGUUUUUAGUAUUAACUCUUCCAGAUCAUUGUUACUAUUUAAUAAGCCGGAGGAGUAAACGUGCUUAAAGCAUUCGUUUGGGCUUUGUAAGAAUGAAAAUGAUGGAUAUCCAUUUCGCUUUCAAAUUACUUACAUGAUGAAUAAUAAUUUAUAAAAGAACGUCCAUGACUACGAGAGCCGCGCAAUUAUAUUUCCUAUUCAUCAUUAAAGGAUCACGCAUUAGAAAGUUGUGCAUAUCUAUAUUUAAACUGCAUUGUAUGAAUUUAUAUCGAAGGUAUUUAGGCAUAAAUAUAGUCUUGAUAUUUAUUUAUGCCUUAUUUUGUCACAUAUUAUUUUAUAUGUGUUGUCCCUGUUCUAUAUAUUAUAACUGACUUAUCGUUAAUUCAGAAACUAAUGAUAUUUUGUCGGAAUGAAAUGGCAUUUUCAAUAUGAUUACGCAUUUUUCCCACUGAAAAAGCACUUAUGCAGAGUACAUUACCUCGCAUAUGGUUGAAGCUAUAUUUGAUGCAUUAAACACCGUUUUUAGUGUGAUAAUCAUUUUCAUCGUGAUUUGAUGAAAUAUGAAAUGCCCCCACAGAAAAACACAUCUGAAUAGUACAUUUCUUCACCUUUAUUAUUAUCACUUUAGAGGCUGAAACUUUAUUUAUGUCUUAAAUCUAUCCUCUUUCUCAAGUAACUAGUUGAAGGGUAUAUCUUUCUCAUAAUGUCCAAGGAUGAUUAUGUGUACAGAGGUUUGGUAUUAAAUGAUAACUAACUCAUCAUCAUCUCGUUGAACACCCUAAAAAUUGAUUUGAAAAUUGCCUUUGUCGUAAUAAAUAUUUUAGGGAAAUCUACAUUUUAUCUAUAGAGAUAUCGAUAUCCUAUUCAUAUUGAAUAUGCGUUCAGCAUAUUAGUGCUGCUAUCUUACACUUUGUAUCUAUGUACUCUACAGGAAGUAAAUUCAUUGAUUUCAUAUUCAUGUGCCUGAAAAUUUAUUAUCAAACCUCAAAUGAUGAAAUAUGGAUUUGAUAUCUAAUUAUCAUUCAACAUGGAUUUUCUCCCAUGGUUUGCAAUAUGGACGGGCCAGUAUAUGUGAGUUUUACCUAUAUGAUGUAUUUUCAGUUCAGUGAGAAUCCUGUGAGGAUCAUACAUGUAUAUAAAAGAUAAAACCCCGAUUCAGUAAGUUAACAUAAAAGGGCAUUCAUGAUGGCAGAUUUAUAUUGAAUGUAUCCCUGUUCAGGGAGCAAUAAUGUUGCAAAUGUAUUGGUAUUACUC